AAUAUCCUGGCCGCGCGGGCGCGCGAGGGGCUGAGGCGGCGCUGGGGCGGGCGCGGAGCUGGCGAGAGGGCGGUGGAGGCGGCGCCGAGGGGGCCCGCUGAGGCGCGCGGGGUGUCGGCGGCGCCCGGGAGCUUGUCGCUUGCGCGGUCCCUCCGGUUCGGGCGGGAGCCCCCACGACGGAAGGCAGCAUGUCGGUGGCGGGGCUGAAGAAGCAGUUCUACAAGGCGAGCCAGCUGGUCAGUGAGAAGGUCGGAGGCGCCGAAGGGACCAAGCUCGAUGAGGACUUCAAGGAGAUGGAGAAGAAGGUGGACGUUACCAGCAAGGCUGUGACAGAAGUGCUGGCCAGAACCAUUGAGUACCUGCAGCCCAACCCAGCCUCACGGGCCAAGCUGACGAUGCUCAACACGGUGUCCAAGAUCCGCGGGCAGGUGAAGAACCCUGGCUACCCGCAGUCAGAGGGCCUGCUGGGCGAGUGCAUGAUCCGCCACGGCAAGGAGCUGGGCGGCGAGUCCAACUUCGGUGACGCCCUGCUGGAUGCAGGGGAGUCCAUGAAGCGCCUGGCGGAGGUGAAAGAUUCCCUGGACAUAGAAGUCAAGCAGAAUUUCAUCGACCCCUUGCAGAAUCUGUGCGACAAAGACCUGAAGGAGAUCCAGCACCACCUGAAGAAGCUGGAGGGCCGCCGCCUGGACUUCGACUACAAGAAGAAGCGGCAGGGCAGGAUCCCCGAUGAGGAGCUGCGCCAGGCCCUGGAGAAGUUUGAAGAGUCCAAGGAGGUGGCGGAGACCAGCAUGCACAACCUCCUGGAGACGGAUAUCGAGCAGGUGAGCCAGCUCUCUGCGCUGGUGGAUGCCCAGCUGGACUACCACCGGCAGGCCGUGCAGAUCCUGGACGAGCUGGCCGACAAGCUCAAGCGAAGGAUGCGGGAAGCGUCCUCUCGCCCCAAGCGGGAGUACAAGCCCAAGCCCCGGGAGCCCUUCGACCUUGGGGAGCCCGAGCAGUCCAACGGGGGCUUCCCCUGUGCCACGGCCCCCAAGAUCACAGCUUCGUCUUCCUUCCGAUCUUCUGAGAAGCCCAUCCGGACCCCCAGCAGGAGCAUGCCCCCACUGGACCAGCCGAGCUGCAAGGCUCUGUACGACUUCGAGCCCGAGAACGCUGGGGAGCUGGGCUUCCACGAGGGUGACGUCAUCACGCUGACCAACCAGAUCGACGAGAACUGGUACGAGGGCAUGCUCCACGGCCAGUCGGGCUUCUUCCCCCUCAGCUACGUGGAGGUGCUGGUGCCCCUGCCUCAGUGACCGCGUCGGCCCCGUCCACGUCGGCCUUCUGCAGCCGGGGUGGCGCCUGCAGGCGCUCCCCAUGGGGGAAGGCGGGCCUCGCUGGGGCAGCAGGGCUGGAUGUCGGGGAGGGGCCAGCUUCCACGAGGGC